GCGAUACAUGAGGCGAGAUAAAUCCAGAUGAGGAUCUAGACGGCGACCUCACAUAAACAUUCCGAAUUAUGAACGCCGAUGGCCCGUGGAACCUGGCAUAGCCCAACGACCCGAGAGUUAGCGAAAACCAAAGUCGUUGCUUACCGGUAGAGGGACUCCAACGGUGAUGCCGAGAUGCCAACUGCGGGUACCUACUCCGUAUUGAUUGAAUCACCUACGGAGUACUCUGUAGAAGUCCCCUGAUUCACUGUGCAGGUGGAACUUUAGCGCCAUGAGAUCGGAUUGAGCGCGGCAUCGCGUUUACCCAGUUGAACAUACUGGAUACCAUGCCGCUUUCACCGCAGAACGCCGCCAUCACUGCCGCUGCUCUCGAAUCUUGUUACGGCGUUCUGCGGCAUAAUCGAGCUUUACUUUAUAUUUAAGAUACUAUAUGCUGCCACGCCCAUUCUGGAAUUCUCGCGGGCGAUAUAGGGACAUGAACCGCUGGAGCUGGAGAGCGAGUGGUCGGCCGUCCAUCCGGUUUACCAUCUGUCAUGGCUCUGUUGGAAAGACGCUUCGGUGACGGCAUGUUUUGCAUUACAACAAGAGAUUGGGGGUUUGCUUCCUGGGCAGCCGAUACUCAGCUCUGUAACAUUAGCAAUCAGAUGCGCAGUUCUCUCGAACAUUGAAAAAGAUUGUCCCAAAAUCACCUCUCAUUGUAGCAUAUCCUCGGAGUUCUCUACUUACAGGCAGUUUUGUUUGAAUUGAAGCCCAUUCGGCGACUCGGGCAUAGUUCGGUGACUGUUUGCGCCGGACGAGUUCGGAAGAAACUGACAUCAUCUACCGUCAUGCAAGAAAAACGUUACACUCGGCCAUGAAAAUUUGUCUGCCAUUUAUAUACAUGAGGAUAAGUAAGAGGGGAUCUGGGAUGCUCAUCAAUUACAGAAAGCACCAUUGCCCCAAUAUCGCAAACCUCACGAAUUUAUCACGACACUAGUACAUCAACCUCACCUCACGUUUACGGCAUCUUUCAGGUACUUAACUUAGUACUGAAACUCAGCAACCUCUCAGUUGACCCACCCUGGGCUUAAACCACGCUGCAAUCCACCUCAUUCGGUUUCUUAUCAUACCACCACCUUCGCCCUGAAAACAAAACACCGUAAACUAUUGCGCCCUGAGAGAAAUCCCGUCCUUACUACAGAUUUGCCGCUUCUCCCACGAUCGUCUUUCCCCUCAAUCCCCGUCCAGCCCUAAAUCGCAAUCAUGAAGAUUCUUACAAAGGAAGAAGAGGAGGCGCACUACUCAGCUGUCGUCAAGGGCGGUCUCAUCGGAGGUAGUCUUGGUCUUGCUGUUGGCGUUGGAGGUGUCAUGUUUGCUUCAAGGCGAUACCCUGCUUUCCGCGGCCUCACAAUCCCUUUCAGAACGUUCCUAGUCACAUCCGCCGGCACCUUUGGCGCCAUUAUCAACGCCGAUCGCUGGUCCAUGGAUUUCCAGAAGAAGCAGAAUCCCAUGAACUUUUACGAAGACCAGACCCAGCGCGCCCAGCAGAUCGUUCGCGAGAACCAGACGACCUGGGAGCGCUUCAUGGAGUACGGUAAGGAGAACCGCUACUCUAUCGUAUUUGUCUCAUGGCUCGCAUCCAUGGGUGUCGCUUUCGCGCUUGUGAGCCGUUCACCCAUGAACACAGCCAACAAGGUUGUACAGGCCCGUGUGUAUGCUCAGGGCCUGACCCUCGCGGUUCUCAUCAUCUCAGCUGUCUUUGAGAUGAACGAUGCCAAGAAGGGUGAGGGUCGCUGGCAGACCGUCAUGGUCGUCGAUCCCGAGGAUCCCGAGCACAAGCGACUCAUUGAGAAGAAGAUUCAUAAGGAGGAGUAUGAGGGCCAAGACCUCUGGAAGGAUAUGGUCGCUGCUGAGGAGCGCCGAAUGGCCGCUAAGAAGCAAGGUGAGAGCAAGGCUUAAAAUCACCACGUUAUCUUUUUAUGACGACAAAAAGAUCUCAUACAACUCGAUACCAAAUAACCUUCAAAUUCAUCAUUAAUACCACGCCGAGCUCAAGUCGCCAAACGCAGGAGGAAAGAAAUUGUAUAUCUGUCACCAACAAACCGAUGUUUCAUGGGCCAAUGAUGUCGAGAUGGAAAGGAAGUGGCUAUUAUCAACUGGGACAGUCAUUGGAACGAAACUUUGUUGUGGUUUGUCUUUUCUAUGCGCAUAGAGUGGGUGGGAUGGUUCCUUGGAGUUACAACCUCUUAAGAUUGGUCUGGAACAUGUUUGGUCGGGGUUUGAAUUGCAUCCAAUGUAUCAUAUGUAGCCAUGACAGCGAGAAUCAAGCAAGCAUCAUCAUCUCAAGUAUAUACAGAGGGCAUAUCAAGAUGACCCAGCAUCUCAUUUUUCUAGACGAGUAGGUUAACCAAGAUCUGUACCACCGACUCCCUGCUAGCCCUCUGUUGAAGGGUCCAUUUACCGUCCCAGAACAACAAAUUGAUGAUCAAACACCCUAAUAUAUCCAAAAAGAGCUGCAUUAGCUCAUAUGUCUAAACCUCGAUGGUAAAGUGGCUAAUUUGCGAAUAAUAUGCAUGCACAGCUAGCUCUAACAGCAUAACAUCGCC